AUGCCUUCAUUUGUUCUCCACCCCGGAUUUGCGGGACACAGUCUUCGGUGUAACCCAUGGCAACCAACGCAAUUCUUGGUGACGGCGUCAGAACAUUUCGGUGUUGCUGGCAGCGGGAAGGUAUAUGUUGUGAACACCUCACAGGGGCUGCAACCACAUUCACCUGUGCAGCUUGUUGGUUGCUGGGGGACAAGUGACGCGGCUUUUGACGCUUGCUUCAGUGAGGUCGAUCGUGACCUCGUGGCAGUGGCAUGUGGAGACGGUGUGAAGUUGUAUAGCCUCCAGCAGUCCUUCAACCGUGACGGGGUCAUGCCGGUCGCACAUUCAACAGAGCAUCGCGCUGAAGUUGUUGGAGUUGCGUGGUGUCGUGAUGCGUUUCUUUCCUGCAGUUGGGAUGGGGCUGUGAAGCUCUGGAAGGCUGCGACUCCCCAGGUUUCUUUUAUGACAUUCCACGAACACUUGAAAGAGGUUUAUGAGGUGUCCUGCAGCACCUUUAACCCUGCGUCGUUUCUUUCAUGCUCUGGGGACGGGACAUGGAGGUUGUGGGACUCUCGUUCGCCACGGUCGGUUUUGACGCAAAUUGGUCACGGGCACCAGCCCAUCCUCAGUAUUGAUUUUAAUAAGCAGGACAACAGUAUCUUUGCUACUGGUGGUGUUGAUCGCACAGUCCAUUUGUGGGAUGUGCGUCGACCGCAACGGCCCCUUACAGUGUUGCCCGGCCACGAUAACGCGUGCCGACGGGUUCGCUUCUCCCCUCAUUCGCGCACAUUGCUCGCUUCCUCCGGCUACGACUGCCGUGUGUGCUUGUGGGACCUCAACCAACCACAGCGGCCGCUUACUGCCCGUUAUGCCCAUCACCGGGAGUUUGUUGUUGGCCUCCAGUGGUCACUCGCUACUCCCAAUGCAUUAGCUUCCGUGUCAUGGGACGGCAGCGCAUUCUUUUGGACAAAUGGCCAGCCGCUUACGCCGUCACCCUCUUCCCAACCGCUUCCACCUGCCAUCCCACCGCCACGCGUUCGGCCUCCUCGCCCAAAAGGUGUCCCCGACAUUUCUGCGCUCCCGCUUACCGUGCCCCCAGUCAGGUAG